CGUUAAUCGAUCGGUGACAAGCAUGCCGAAAAAUGAAGACAGGUGCGAAGGACUCACCUCUGCCAAGCUUUACUACCGAGCAAUGGCAAGUGUUGAUUUCAGCCUUUGGUAAUCUCUCAUCUUCUAUUGACCCAAUGGCGGGUAAGUUCGAUACUGAUGUGUGGAUAAUUGAUACCGGUGUCACUAAUCAUAUCUGUGGUAAUUUGACUCUUUUGUCUCAAAUUAAACAUAUUGAAUCGUAUUCUGUUGGCUUGCCAGAUGGACAGAUGGUGAUUGCUAGUAAAGUGGGAUGUGUAAUUGUAUCGGACCGUUUAAUUUUAGAACACAUACUUUGUGUUCCAAAAUUAAAUUGUAACCUCAUCUCUGUCUCACAAUUGUGCGUUCAACUUGAUUGUUUUGUUCUGUUCACUCAUAACAUGUGUGUUAUUCAGGACCGUCUCUCGAGGAAGCUGAUUGGAAUGGGUGAGGGGCGAAAUGGACUGUUUUAUCUGCGGGAUGACUCCUUUGCUCGAGCAUUGACUGUAAAAGACGAAUCACAUAAUAAAGUUGUGGACUUAUGGCACCAGAGACUCGGACAUCCUUCUUCACAAGUGAUUGAAAAGCUAGCACCUAUGAGUGGUUUAAAGAAUUUUGGUGUCUUGCCUUGUGAUGUAUGUUUUCGAGCUAGACAGACUAGGACCUCUUUUCCGAAUAGCUCCAGCCGAAGUAGUGGUAUUUUUGAAUUAAUACAUUGUGAUUUGUGGGG